AGUCGAGCCCAGAAACAAAACAAUGACGUCAGAGGGUUGGAAAGGCAGGUGCGAUUUCCCACGAGAAGGUUCAUAUAGGCCGAGUCGCCGAGUUUCCCGCCAGAACCGAGUUCUCCCGCCACGAACGCACACGCACAAUGAGAGCAAUCACGCUGACGCUGCUCCUCGCGGCCCUCUGCGGCCUGGCCCUGGCAUCCGCGGGCACCGAGCACCCCCUCGUGCCCUGCGACCCCGAGAUCUCCGCCAAGUGCCCCGACCACGACCCGCCCACGCCCGUCUACUAUCCCCAGCCCGACGACUGCUCCAAGUUCUGCGUGUGUUCGGGCGGCAACGCCUACGAGGAGAGCUGCCUGCCCGGCCUCGUGUGGGACGACCAGCUCCACGUGUGCAACUGGCCCGACGCCGUUGACUGUGGAAGCCGCCCAAUCCCAUAAGCUCGAAUCUUUGGCUUAUAUAUCACUAAUGGUUUUUGUAUCUCCAAUAAAAAAGAAAAAAAAAUUACAUACUUAAUAUACAUUAAAAAAACGAACUCUAAAUGGUAAUAUAUCCGUUUAUCCACGACAAAGACUAUUAUCCAUGAAAAUAGGUCUCCUAUGUCUAAAUCCUUGACAUUGAAAUCUUUCCUCAGUACUUGGUUUGAUUUUUAAAAUUUCGCAUGGAUGUAAUACUCUUAUUGAACUACUGAAUAUUAUUGUUCUUUUUUAUAUUAGAAUUUCUUAAGUUCGUAGUUUUUUUUGCGAUAUUCGGCUUGUUUUGUAACAUUUCUCUCGCUUUUGCUAUUAAACUAUGUACAAUUGUUUUAUCUGAUUA